GGUCCUUUGAGAAGAGAUUCUCUCACUGCCCAUUUGAAAGAUAUCUGCUCUGCAAGCUCUUUCAAGUACACUUACUACUCUGGGAAGUGUCAAUUCAUUAGAAGCGGUAACUAGGACGAAGACAACCAUGUCCACCCCAGCAUCUGAGGCAGCCAACACGGCUGCGCCGUUGCGCUCCAGUGAAGAGGCCGAGCUCAAGCGACCGCGUGUGGAGGGAACUUCUGCGGUGACUUCCGCAUCGCCUCCCCCCACCGCCCUUUCGACCCUUCACAUCAGCGCCAAGGAGUCCCGCUUCGAGGGCCGCCACAUGCCCUCCUCCUUCCACACCCUACUUGGCACCUACGCCGUUCCCACCGAAGCGAAGGAUGUGGAGGACCUUGUGGGCGGUCACGAGGACUUCAGCGACCUGCCGGAGGACCGUCGACAGGCGCUGAUGCAGUCCGUCCGCACUCUCAUCUCGAAGAUCGCCGGGGCGAAGUCAGCGAAUCAGCUGGAACACCUUCGCGUGAAGGCGUCACGGCUGCCGGGCUUUAAGGACACGGCACGGAAGUCGGAGCUGACGGCGGCGUACCGCCAGCUCGUCCGCGAGGGAGCCAUCCGCGAAAGCCCCGUGGUGGAGGAGUUGCUGAUCCGCAAGAAGGGGAAGUCCCACAGUGGUGUGUUAGUGGUGACGGUCUUUAUGGGCCCUGGGGAGUUCAGCUGUCCGAAGGACUGCUACUACUGCCCGAACCAGCCGGGCAUUGCGCGGAGCUACCUGCUGAAGGAGCCCGGCGUGCUGCGGGGCUUCCGCAACGGCUGGGACCCCAUCAGCCAGUUCUACGACCGCGCCAGCGCCUUGGAGAACAACGGGCACGUGGUGGAUAAGAUCGAGCUCAUCAUCCUCGGCGGCACGUUUUCCUUCUACCCGGCGCAGUACGUGGAGGAGUUCAUGACGGCGUCCUUCUACGCUGCGAACACGUACUACGACUCCGCCCCGCUGCGAGAGAUGCGCAGUCUGGCUGAGGAGAUCACCCUCAACGAGGAGGCGCGGUGCCGCAUUAUUGGUGUGACGGUCGAGACGCGGCCAGACUACAUCAACGCGCGGGAGCUACGCCGCUUCCGUAGUCUCGGCGUUACGCGUGUGCAGCUCGGCAUUCAGCACCUGGAUGACGAUAUUCUGAACGUCAUCAAUCGCGAGUGCCCGACGGCGAAGACGAUUGUGGCGAUUCAGCGGCUGCUGGAUGCCGGCUUCAAGGUGGACGCGCAUUGGAUGCCCGACCUGCCCGGCAGCAGUUUUGAAAAGGAUAUGGAGAUGUUCGAAACGCUGUUCUCGGACGAGAACGAGGCCUUCCAGGUGGACCAGUGGAAGGUCUACCCGACCGCCACCGUGCCCUUCACGAAGAUCAGCGAGUGGUACGCGCAGGGCCUGUACAAACCCUAUGCAGAGUUGGAGAACGGCGCCUACAUGGUGAAGCUGCUCGUGUACAUCAUGGAGCACUGCCCCUACCGCAUCCGACUUAACCGAAUCAUCCGCGAUAUCCCGACGACGUACAUCAUAGGAGGCGAGAAGCGGUGCAACCUCCGCCAGGUCAUCGAGGAGGAGAUGCGCGCACGCCACAUACGCUGCAAAGACAUCCGCGAACGCGAGUGCAAAGGCAGCCCCAUCGAUCGCGCGAACACGCACUUCUUUGUCGAUACAUUUCGCGCCAGCGAUGGUACUGAGCUCUACCUCUCCGUCGAGAACGGCGACCGCACGCAACUGUACGGUCACCUUCGCCUGCGCCUUCGCGAUGAUGCGACGGUCGAGGAGCGCAACAUUCUCCCGGUGCUGCGCGGGUGUGCCCUCAUUCGGGAGCUGCACACUUACGGCAAGCUCAUCGCGGUGAGCCAGCACAACACCGGGCACGAGACGCAGCACGUCGGCGUCGGCACCCAACUUAUGCGAGAGGCGGAGCGGAUGGCCUCCGAGCACGGCUUUGCCCGCACGGCGGUGAUUGCGGGGGUGGGGGUGCGCCGGUACUACGCCAAGUUGGGCUAUCACCUGGAGGAGACGUACAUGGUGAAGGAUUUGGGCUGCACGGCCACGGCGAUCACGGAGGACCAGGUGGUGCAGGACGACGACAACGAGAACUCCGCCUACCAAGGAUUCGUCAACUCGGUCAAGUCUUUCUUUGGGUUCGGCGCGUCGAGCAGUCCGCGGAGGUAG